UGUGUGCGCGCGCGCGCGUGAGUGUGAAACUUCCGCAAACUCUCUUCGGAGUCCGUCAGUCAUCAUGUCCAACAAUAACGCGAGCAGCAGCAGUGUGGCUGUGGCACAGAGAGCCGUCAAACAGCUCAGACUAGAGGCCAAAAUACGACGAAUUAACGUUUCUCAAGCUGCCACAGACCUGAAGAACUUCUGCCUGCAGAACGCCCAUAAAGACCCGCUGCUGGUGGGUGUGCCGUCCAGCGACAACCCCUUCCGCCCGCCCAAGUCCUGCGGCCUCCUCUGAACAUCUGCUGUCUGAUCACACCCAGAGCUGGUGAAGCGUUUCAGAUGAUGUGGCUGUCUUCUGCUGUGUGUUUCUACCUUUACACUACUCCAUAAAGAGCUCCUGGAGCACUACACACACACAAACACUACUUAGCAUAGCAAAAAAAGAAAUAUUUCUACUGUUCAUUUUCUUCAUAUCUGCAGUUGCUGUCUAUUUCUAUGAACUGUAUUAAGAGUGAUGAUGUUGACUCUGCUGAAUUAACACUGUAUGGUACAAUCAACUCUAAAACCCAUAACACAUCCCAUGUUUUGAAAGGAAUUUUAUGUACCAAACACUAUUUUAUUUGUAAUGCGUAUUUUAUAAAACAAAAAGACUUCCUUGAAGAUUGUAUGAAGUUUUCCCUGGUUUAUGUCGAAGGAACGAAAUAAUUAAACGAUUAGAGAGUUUUUCCUGUUCGAAAUGA